AUGCGUUCACUACCUUUUAUCUCGGCAGCAGGAGGACACUGUGGGUGUGGGCCUGGGUAUGCUACACCCCUGGAUGCCAUGAAGGGUCCAAAGGAGACAAUUGUCUACCUGCCAUGUAUCCUCACAAAUACUGGAGUAGACAAACCGGACUACCUUGCCACUGUUGAUGUUGAUCCCCGCUCGGCAACUUAUUCAAAGGUAACACCAUAUAUAAGCCAUGGAUAAUGAGUUAUUCCAGACUCUGGACCUAGAGGUUGUGAAAAGUGCAUUUCAGUACCAAAAGGGGAAUUCGGGUAUUUAAAAAAAUAAUAUAUUUUGGACAAGAAAUAGCCUGACUUAUGUCUUCUUGAACGACCGAGGACUGAAAAUGAGGGGGUCGAGGAGUCUUUGGAUUAUUGUAAACCCCCUCCCUUAAGUUAAAUAAAGUUAGAUUUUCUUCUUAGCAGUACAUCCAGGCAUGCUCCAACAAUAUCAUAAAGCAGCCGAUAUGAAGCCCUUUACUUCACCUUGCCCCCACACCACCCUAGCCCCACCCUACCCUACGCCACACCCUACCCUUCCCCAACGAAAACUUUCGCUCAUGUCCCUGGGAGUAGCAGGGUGUCCUCAAUGCGAGACUGGAUUGUAUCACAUGAUUCCUAGAAAAUGCUGAAGAGAAUAAUUUUGAUUUCCUAUAAUUUUUAUGAACGACAUUAUAGUUUCUUGGUAUUGCGAGCCCUGGGAAAACUCGCAACGAGUAUGAACUGCCGCUUUACCGCUGAUAGGGAACUGUGAACUUUAAAACCAUUUUGUCGCUGUGAUUUUCGCAGGUCAUUCAUCGUUUGCCAGUACCUUACAAAGGAGACGAAUUACAUCACAGUGGAUGGAAUGCUUGUAGUAGGUUAGUCUUACUUUAGUAUGGAACUUUUAAAAUAACAUGCGUAUCAAGCAGGUGCGUGCACGGCGAUUCCAACUCUCCUUGGUAAACGAUUUGUUCCCAACAAACCUCAUGAACACAGCCCCUCGCCCCGUAACGUUGGAGAAAGGAAAAGGAGAAUUGAAGAUGUGCGCAUGUCUUCUCGUUCACUUGUGCCAGUCUAAGACGCGCCUGGCGAAUCGAGUGCCUGCUACUUGGUAAAUCUCUGAGAAAAUCCGUCUGCGAUCCCUAGUCCGCGGAAAUCAACCCGUAAAACAAAUUUAUGACCACAGUAGUGAUGAAAAACUUGACUUUACUUGAUAGGAAUUAAUCGAUCGAUGUAGAUGAUGAUAAAAUGUUUGCUAUCAUAAUUAUUAUUAUUAUUAUCGUUGUAAGAAGUAAUACUGUUAUCACCAGGAUCAUUAAAGAUAAGUCAUGGCGUCGAUUCCUUCUCCGUAAGCCACAACUAACAUAAUCUCAGAAAAAAAAAAUCACAGGUGGCGGUACUCCAUUGAGAAACUUUUUGGAAACGCAGUAGUCAGCUCCGUUUGGGAGAAAAGAAUAAAGACCCUUGAAAUUAGAAGAAAUGUUGUCAUUGUGGGAUUUAAGAUGUGCUUUUCAAAUUAUUUUUCGGUGUAGUUGAUGACCGCGCAGCUUUUUUUAGUUGUGUCUUAAGUAUGCUUUCAUUUUCUAGUUGUUUUGGUGACCCAAACAAGAAGAGAAACCGCCUCAUCAUGCCUUCGUUAAUUUCUGGUCGGGUCUACAUCUUUGAUGUGGGAGGCAAUCCAAGAGCGCCACAGAUACACAAGGUAGGAAAAACAACAACGCCGUCCUAUUUGCACUAUAUUUCUCUAUUUUCUCUUAAAGUAAUGGCCAAGAUUCCUAUACGGAACGAUACUUAUUUUUUUAAGGUGGAGAUUUUUAAAGAUUCUGAGACGUUAUGCUGAGAGGGAUCUUAUUCCCGACCUCUGCAGAUCUUAAAAUUUUUCUUGUCUCGCCUUUUUUCUUUUUUUUUUUUUUUUUUUUUUUUUGAAGGCAUGGUGAAGUAGUGUAGUGAUGAGUGCGCUGCACUCUGGGGGAACAGGUCCCGGUGUCAACUAUGGCUGAGUCUCUAGGUUUGGUGCCCAGCGGUUCCUUUUGCUCUCUUUUGCCCUCUUGUGUUCGCAUUCGACUUUUCUCCCUUUUUCGCACGUGGCUCUUUUCUUGUUCGCUCUCUGAGCGAUUGCUUGUGAGAACAAAUAUGAGUUUAUGCUCGUUUACACCCAGGGGUAUAGAUAGGUAUUGGCGAAGUUUUUAGGCAAACCUGUAGAAAUGCUAUGGUGUGGGGUGCGCUGGACUUGCAUACCAUUUUGGAGAGAUGGGAUGCACUGCCAGUCGCUUGUGCUACAGAACCCGGCCACUAGUGGUUAUAAGCCUCUAGAUUUUAAGACUUUGCCUUACACUAUAAACAUGUGUUGUUUGGAACAGAUAAUCCAACCGGAAGAGGUUGCCAGUAAAACUGGACUUGGUUAUCUUCACACAACGCACUGUUUGGCUAACGGAGAGGUUAUGAUCAGUUCUCUUGGAACAUCUGAUGGCGAGGGUGAAGGUAAGGUAAUAAGUUUUUUACCGAGGGUGAUUACGAGCUUCAAUUGAAUGAAGCUUUAAGAUUUUUUUUACUCUUGAAGAAUACCGUAAUUCCGCCAUUAACACUCAAGCGCUUAUUAUAAAUGAAGGUUUGGACGGAAUGCGCUUAUUAUCUCUCAUCGCUUAUUCUAAACUUUCUUUUUCACUACAGUUUCUAUCUCAAACGUUCUUAUCUUAUAAGGCAACGUUAAAUUUUAAAUCUUUCUUGUUCUAUAAUAAUUUCCUCUCUUUGAUGAAAAUAAGAGUCGUUAAUUUGUCUGGAGAAAGUUGGGACGAGUAGGGUAUGCGUCUUUCUCUUUUAGGUGGCUAUGUCAUUUUGGACGGCGAGACGUUUGACGUCAAAGGACGGUGGGAGUCUGGGACCCCUCCACCUCUGGGAUAUGACUUUUGGUACCAGCCCCAUCACAAUGUGAUGAUCAGUACGGAAUGGGGCGUGCCCAAGGCGCUCACUAAGGGAUUUAAGGUGGAGGAUGUUCAGGCGGGUCAGUAGGGUCUUAACGUAUACACCAUUUGAAUAGGAAAGUGUGAAGACAACUUUAACUGAACUUCCACCUUGAAGGAGGUACCACAUGCCAUGCAGUUUUGUUUAUCGUGAAUCGUGUUUGACUGGAACUCAUUUUGAAGAAUGCCAAUUACAAUUUUUACAGGGCCAAACAUUUCACAAAAUUUGUUCUCGAGUUCUAUGGUCUACGCCCUAAAGAGAAAAUGUGAAUGGAUUACUCACAUGUACAUGUCCUUUGGUUGUGCAUGGAAUAGAUAAAUCUCUUGCUCAAAAUCUCUGUAUUAUUAACUUGUGCUCAUCGUUGAUUAGUAACUCUGGGAUAUAACUUUAAUUUCGAAUGUCUCAGGCAAAUAUGGAUCACACUUGCACGUGUGGGACUGGACUUCACGGACCAUUCAACAGACGAUAGACCUGGGAAUGGGUACCAUUCCCCUGGAGAUAAGAUUCUUGCACGAUCCUCGACAGCCCCAGGGGUUUACGGGAUGCGCUUUGAGCAGUACCAUCGUCAGGUUUUUCAAAAAUCAGGUAAGGUUCCGAAAAAUAUAUUUUAAAAAGUUGUUUUAAUUAUAUUUUAUUCUUGCUAACGAAGUAAUCGGUACAGGAGGUAUGUGGUCAGCUUGUUCAAAGAAGCAAACCCGUUUUCAAAGAGAAUUCCCUCCAUUGACAUCUCAUCGUUGUUGCCUUUUAGAAUGACACUUGGAGCGCUGAAACGGUGGUUAAAGUGCCAAACAAGAAAGUUCAGGGAUGGGCUCUACCGGAAAUGCCAGGUCAAGAUUUUCUCUCGUACCCAGUCUCUUUUUGUGCUUUGGGCUGUCGCGCAAUUUUUGCUACAACAGAACAGAUGAUUGACUCCUUACAACAUUUUAGUUGAUUAAAAUUUUAAAAACUGCUGAAAAUUGAUGUCAAUAUAGUCCGUAAGGUAGCUGUGCUACUUCGCGGCAAAAUUUUCCCUUCCCCAGUUGCUAAACAUUUCUUUACAGAUCAAUUAUGAGAAUUAAGUUAUAUUCAAAAUGACGCUUUCUUUCUCGUGACCUUGUAGAGCAUCAUCGCAUUUGUAGGAUGAUUUUGUGUUUUGUAAGGCUAGGUGGCAUGUUUACCACCUCUGGUAGUUUAAGGUAACGAUGGUAUCCUUUUUACUUAGGUUUGAUAACUGAUAUCCUUCUUUCGUUGGAUGACAAGUUCCUGUAUUUUAGCAAUUGGCUACAUGGAGACAUCAGACAGUAUGACAUCACAAAUCCUGAGCACCCAAAGCUUGUCGGGCAGGUAUGUGCGUGCACACUGAUCAACACUUUCAUGUCUCCUCCGUGUGAUAUCGUUGAAUAUAAAACGGCUUUUCUGUUUUCUAAUUGGCUGUCUUUUUAUUGUCAUGGUAUGAAGGUUUGUAUAGAUGAAUCAUAGCUAGUAGUCAAUUCUCGUAUGAUAUGAGUUGGGAUACCAGGGCUUGAAAUUAUUCAUUGUUAGUACCAGAUCCCUGGCAGGUUUCUCGCUGGCUGGCUUUGCUCAAGUUCUAAAACUUGCUCGCAGGCGAAGAAACGCUGGUGCCGCAACGCUUAUAAUUGGGACCUUAAGCAUUAAGGACGGAAACGCCUAGAAAGACGUCGAUUUAAAAAUGAAUACAUAUUUUUAGUUGGAAGCUCGCGAAAAUUAUCGGAUGUGUUUACUAUCUCUUACGGCGCCGCAAGUUAACCUCAGCAUAACGUAUGAGAGCGGCUUUGAGUUCCAAAUGGAAACUUAACUAAUUUUCUCUCCGGGUUUCCUUUCUCGGACCACGCAAGGUUUGAUGAUUUCACGUUUUUAUUUUGCAGAGGACUGCUAAGAAAUGUACACAGUUCUAAAUCGCACGUGCUAAGCUAUUGUUCUGUUUAUUAGGUCUUUUGUUUUGCCAAGUCCUCGUUGCCGUCACCGUCGUGGUUUACGAAAGGUCCCCAAAGUGGGCCUGCUCGUAGUUUAGUACUUUUGUUACCUUGUUCUUUCUUGUUGUGGUUAAUAUUUUUCCUAAUGAUGAAUUUUAAAAGUUAUUGGCUUCAACUAAGGGUCUUUCGUACAGUUAGUUAAGAAUAUCGGCACGUCUUUAAGUCAAAUCACCACCUCUGAGGCCUCACAAUGGGGCAAAAUUGGAUGGACGGAAUAUUAAAAGUUUAUCUGAAAAUGUUCUUUGUUAGCUGUUUAUUGGUGGAAGUAUUGUUAAAGACGGUCCAGUGAAGGUGAUAGAGGAUUCUGAAUUGAGUGGACAACCUGAGCCGUGUUACGUGAAGGGAAAACGAGUACAAGGAGGACCGCAGAUGAUUCAGUUGAGUUUGGAUGGAAAACGACUGUACGUUACUACAUCACUAUACAGUGUAUGGGACAAUCAGUUCUACCCUGACCUGGCCAAGUAAGAAUCAUUGAAAUAUUCUCUCGUGACAAUUAAAAACAUAAAAGAAGACAUCGCCACGUUGUUUCACGUUAACGUCAAAUGAUAAACCAACUAUUCGGUUGAGGCAACUGCCAAUCUCUUGAACUAUAUCGGCUUUACAUAGCAAUGACAAUGAGCUCAUCCUCGGGGAAAGAAACUCUCUUGUUCACCGGUAGUAGAAAGGAAAAAAACUACAACAACGAAUUGAUCAAAACGAUGGAGGCUAGGUAAAAAGUUGGAACUGAACGAAAAAAGAAGUGAGGUAAACUCUGAAAAUAUUAUCUGUGGGCUAUAAAAACUCCAUUCCUUUGAUUUCAUUGCGUGGUUUGUUAGUUUGUUCCUUCGCUGGCUUUCUGUUGCUAAAAUUUGUUGCUCGUUGUAUGAUUUUAUUUAGUUAUUCAUUUAUUUAGUUGUUUUCCGAUUUCUUUCUCAGGAAAGGUUCCAUGUUACUGCAAGUAGACGUUGACACAGUGAAUGGUGGUCUUAAGUUGAAUCCUGAUUUCUGUGUGGAUUUUGGAGAAGAACCCUACGGUCCAGCUCUCGCUCAUGAAGUUCGUUAUCCGGGGGGAGACUGCUCCUCGGAUAUAUGGUUGAGUGAAACCAAAGCUGCAAAGUUGUAGGCUAAGAUUUUGCUAAAGGGAUCAUAAGUUGAUAACUUAUAUCAGAGUGUUACCGGAAGCCGUAAUAUAUUUCAAUGUUAAGACUUUUUUACUUACGAAAAAUAAGUGGUCAAGUGGAACUAAAUGAUGUUGACACCGAAUAAAUUAAUGCGAAGGGCAAAUCU